AUGGCAGCGGCGGCGGCAGCAGCAGCAGCUGAGGAAGGACAAGUGAUUAGCGUCCACUCCAUUGAUGAAUGGAAACUGCACCUCAAAAGGGGUCUCGAUUCUAAGAAAUUGGUGGUGGUUGAUUUCACAGCUUCAUGGUGCCCACCAUGCCGUUUCAUUGCUCCCGUCUUGGCUGAGAUGGCCAAGAAGACACCCCAUGUUAUUUUCCUGAAGGUUGAUGUGGAUGAACUCCAGGCUGUGGCCCAGGAAUAUGAAGUUGAGGCUAUGCCGACCUUUUUGUUCUUCAAAGAGGGGAAGGUGAUUGACAGGAUUGUUGGUGCAGAUAAGGACGACUUGCAGAAAAAAGUUGCUAUACACGGUGCCCUUACUACUACUGCCUGA